AUGGAUUUAGCAAAAUCCUUGUUUAGUUCUCGUGAUCAUGUUGGUUAUGUGGGCCGUGAAGACCAUGAACGUAAAAUAAGUGCUGCAUUAGCUGAUGAUGACCCCGAGGAUAUGAUUGAUGCGAUACGAGGACUAAACAUCGCUGACGAGCUGCUUCCAGCGCCAGGUGGUCCAUUUUCAGCAUUAACGCCUAGUAUGGUACCCCAAGACAUAAUGGCUAAAUUGGCACAACCAGAAUCUGAAGGUCACGGUGGUGGUCUCCCGGAUUACAGAUUUGACGAGUUUGGGUUUUGUGUUGAAGAAGAAGAUGGACCAGAACAGAGUUCGAACAAAUUACUAGCAGAUGCUUUUGUUGAAGAUGAUCAACACCGUCUACAAUGGGAAUUUUACAGCAAAGAAAUAAACUUUUCUGAUGGUGAAGGGAAACUAGAGAAAACUGAUAAAUUGCAGAAAAUGGUAAAAGAUGGUGUACCUCAUUCACUUCGCCCUCAGGUUUGGAUGCAUUUAUGUGGUGCUAAUAAGAAAAGGGCUUCUACAGAAAUAACAUACCAUGAAAUUGUACGAGCAUCUAGUGAUGAUGGAUUGGUAACUAGUAAACAAAUAGAAAAGGAUUUGGUACAAAUAUUACCUAACAAUGUUUGUUUCUCACAUCCAACCAGUACAGGUGUGCCGAGAUUACGUAGAAUACUGAGGGCACUGGCGUGGCUAUAUCCUGAUAUUGGUUACUGUCAGGGCACUGGAAUGAUUGCAGCAUCAUUAUUGCUUUUAAUGGAGGAAGAAGAUGCAUUUUGGAUAAUGUGUACUACUGUGGAAGAUUUACUGCCUGCAUCAUAUUACUCAUCCACAUUGAUAGGAAUACAAGCUGACCAAAAAGUAUUAAGAAGUCUUAUUUCAACAUAUUUGCCUGGAAUAGACCAGGUUUUAAAUGCCCAUGACAUUGAACUCUCUUUAAUAACAAUGCAUUGGUUUUUGACCCUGUAUGCUAAUGUUGUGCAUGAAAAUUUUACUAAGGAUUUGGGAUCUCUUCUUCUUGGAUGGUUCUUUGGUCCUAUUCAAGAUCACCUUGGCCAUGUUGAAAAUUAA